GUCCUUAGUUCAGAAAGGUAGAGUGUCCCAGCUGUAGUAUCUCCCAGCCCAGCCUGUGAAAUGGACAACAUCUACCGCAACUCUGAAAUAGCGUUCUCUCGCCUGGAAGGGAGGCAAGAUUCAGGCUUCUUCAAAGAACACACAGGCUCCUCUCCCCCGUCAGGAGCAGAGAAGAGUGGCGCCCCCUGCAGGCACCUCCUGGUCCUGCUAGCGGUGCUCUGCCUUGCUCUGCUGGCUGGCCUUAUUGCUCUUGGGAUCCUGUAUGUUCAGAAAAGCAACAGAUCAGACUCCCUGGAGGAAAGGAACCGUACACUCUCCGUCAGCCUAGCGGGGACUGAAAUAAAGUUGGAGGAAUUGCUGCUCAGAUACAAGAAUUUAACAGACUUACAGACCUCUGCUUACAGAGCUAAAGAUGCAGGCUGGACAAUACACCAGGGAAGCUGUUACUUAUUCUCCAGUGAGAAGAUGAACUGGCUUCAAAGUCAGGAGUACUGCAUGUCAAAAGGGUCACAUCUGGUUAUUAUAAAGAACCAACAGGAACAGGAUUUUCUGUCGUCCAGUAUUCAUGAGACACACUGGAUCGGGCUGAAUGACCGGGAAACAGAGGGACGCUGGGUCUGGGUGGACAACACGACUGUCGACAACCACGGAACCCAGCACUGGUUUCAAAAGGAACCGGACAACUGGACCGGGGGCGGGGACCCGAACGGGGAAGACUGCGGCAGUCUAGGGGACCAUAACGGAAAUUUACAUCUCUGGUUUGAUGCUUCCUGUGGAAAAAGAAAAAAAUUUGUCUGUGAAAGACAGCCUGGAAUUUGACUUAAUCAGGUAGUCAUGGCACACAUUCAGUGAAUAACUGUUAAAUGUUAACAGUACCUUCUGGUAGCUAAAUUGUGUAUUUUAUGUUACUUCAUAUAAGAACUCUUUGUAAUUUUGUCAUUGAGAUGGUGUGACUCAAAGGUCAACCAGGAAGUUUAACCAGGAAGAUAAAUAGUUUUUACUGCACCAGCAAAGUUUUUUGUUUAUACAUUUUGAGCCUUGGUGUUUUGUUAACUUUUGUGAUUAUUGUGUGCAAAUAUACACUCACCGGGCACUUUCUUAGGAACAUUUUUACGUUAUUACACGUGUGUAAUUCAUGUGAUUAUCUAAUCAGCAAAUUGUGUGGCAGCAGUGCAAUCUAUACAAUUAUGUAGAUAUGGGUCAGGAGCUUCAGUUAAUGUUCACAUCCACCAUUAGAAUGGGGAAAAUGCCUGUAAUGAAUGAAACAGAAAACUCCAUUCUCCAGUCUGCCAAAAGCCUUUUCCGCAUUGACACCCAGUUGACCAUCUCUCUCUUUUGAUUCUAUACAAUUUUUCAUUAAAUAUUUUUAAACUUC